AAGAGAUGUGUAGGGCGUUUGUGUAGAUGUUCGUGUAGCUACAGGAGCGUUUAUUGUUUUUUUUCUGCGUUUAAAGCAGUUUUUACCUGAUAAACAGAUUUUUGUUUUUAGCCUCUCCGACACUGUUGCAUCUGUUCCGCCGGCCCUCAUACACCUCCUGCAACAUCCUGUUUAAAGAUGCCAAACGAGAUUAUAUGAUUUACAGCGAACAAUAUCCGUGAAUGUUGUAGUUCUUUGGCAGCAUUCCUGGUUUGCGCUCUUGAACGUUUCCGGUUUGCGCUCACGGCCGCCCCCCUCCCGGUCUUGUAGCUGCACCGCUUCUCAUUCCUGACUACUGACUGUUGGGACUUUUGAUACAAUGGCUGGAAGAAUUGUUGCACGAUGUGUCAGCAGGACUUUUCUGGAAUAUGCAUCAUGUGCGAGAGUAAUCAGGGGGACCAAGCGCCACUUCCGGACAACUUUAGGAGGGACUGUCCCUGCUCUGACUAGCGGCCGAGCUGCGUUCUUCCUGGGGAUUCCUACGCUAACCUUCCUGGGAUUUAAAGCUUAUCACAGAGUUCAGAGUUCAGCUGUCGUCUGCGCUUUAGAAAAAGCGGAGCUUUUGGAGCAGGCCGACUACUUGUACAGCUGUGCAGAGACCGAGAAACUCUACCAGCUGCUGCUGCAGUUCAAAGACAGUGAUGACGCAGAGUUCCUGUGGAGGCUGGCCCGGGCCUCUCGCGACCUGUCCCUCCUGCCCAACAUGGAGGGCGAGCGGAAGAAGCAGCUGACGUUUGAGGCCUUCGAAUACGCAACGAAGGCUCUGGAGAAGGACGAGAUGUGUUUCGCGGCACACAAAUGGUACGCCGUGUGCCUCAGCGAUAUUGGGGAUUACGAAGGAGUCAAGGUUAAAAUUGGAAAUUCGCGCAUCAUCAGGGAGCAUCUAGAGAAAGCCAUCAAGCUCAACCCCAAAGACGCUACGUCCUUACACAUUCUGGGUUACUGGUGUUUUGCUUUUGCCGAGCUGCCGUGGUAUCAACGCAAGGUGGCGGCUGUGAUCUUCGCAUCACCACCUACGUCUACAUACGAGGAGGCUUUGGAAUUCUUCCUAAAAGCUGAGGAAGUUGAUCCAAACUUCUACAGCAAGAACUUGCUGAUGCUCGGGAAGACGUACCUCGCCAUGAAAGACCAGCAGAAAGCGCUGCUGUGGCUAACGAAAGCUAAGGAGUACCCCGCUCACACACUGGAAGACAAAGAGGUGCAUAAAGAAGCUGUGGACCUGCUGAAGAAGCUCGGAUAAAGCUCCCAUUUCCACUGAAUGGAACGUGAUGCCUUUUAGCACUUUUGGACUGUUAACCGCUGCUAACGUGAUGUUAUUUUGUUAAGAUUAUUAAUAAUGCAGUUUAAUGGUCAGUGGCUUUGCACACAGAAAUCACUCAUGCCUUCAAGAGAUAAUAAAACAAAGUCCAGUCAUCCAGUUCAAUUAUGCAACGUGUGAUAUUUCAGCUGUAAACAAGAGACACAGACACUCGUAACUAUUUGGAUAGCGAUGCAGCUUUUGUAGUUUUUCCUCUGUGCAGUGCGUUGGAGAUGAAGCAGUCAGUGUUUGACUGACGUGCAGAACCUCAGCUUUAAUUCAAGGCGUUUAAAAAAAUAUCAACUUUUUAGGAUUUGCUGCCAUUUUUUUUUUUUUUUACACAAAAGUAAUUAACGGAUGAGCAGUUUCCUGGUGAGCUGCCCGUUUCCUCAUUAUGUCAUGACAAAUGAGGGAGAUGAAAAGGAGUUGAUUCCAAGUGUUUAAUUGGCAUCUGGACCCUGAUUGAUACGCAGUCCAAAGAGGUGUCCAUGGAAGGAGAACUUCAUUAUCCUGAAAAUACAAAGCAGAGCCGUCAGAGGGAUGCGGACGCUUUAAUGCGGUCCGUUCUUGAAAAGAAGGGAUGAGUCAGCAAGCCUGGAAGGGCACGAGCAAAGUGGGAGGAUUAUAAAAAGCUUCUCCUUCAAAACAUCGAGCCAAGUCCAAAACAUUCUCCGGAAGGGAGACGUAUCAUCGUCCAAUCAGGAGACGCCUUCAUGAGUGUGCAUCCAGAGGGUUUAACUAAACAUUAAAGCCACUGGAGCGGAAAAGCCUGAUUACAGUUUGAUAGAAAACAUCUGAGUAGAAGAGGUCUGGCCUCUACUUUACAUGUGUGUAUAAACUUUUGUUCACAGCUGUCUGCGGAAAUAAAACUCUUAUGCAAAGUCUUGUGAGGCUAAAAUGCA